GAUAAUGACGGAACCGGAAGCGGAGAGCGGGGAGGAACGGUCCCGUAGCAGAUCGACUGACUUCUGAAGACUCAUGUUGCCUGAGAAAGAAUCCCAGAACAGGAGGAAGAGGACAGAAAAGGAGUCAGAAAUGGCUCCUUCCCAGGCCUCACCACAAGUGGAGUGAGAUACCAAGAAAUGUGAAGAACUCCCUGCUUGGUCUGUGUGUGGAGUUUCCUGUCCUGAGUCCCUCCUGUGACAGUGGGCAGAAGAGGACUGUUUAGUGCACGUGGUGAGGUUCCCCGAUGUGUGUGGUUGUGGCACAGGAAGUGGGUAUGUUUUUUAGGAGCAUUAAACAGAAGGUUUUCAGCUUGAAAGAUUGAUCUCUGAAGAAUCCACUCAUCUGAGGAAGAAGUCGGGAAGAGGAGGAAGAAGAAAGAAAAGGAGUCAGGAAUGGCUCCUUCUCAGAACUCUCCUCAACCCGCUGGUGAAAUAUGUUUUCAUUUCGGGAACAGCUGACCUUUGAGGAUGUGGCCAUCACAUUCUCGCAGGAGGAGUGGGAGUGCCUGGUCCCUGCUCAGAGGGCCUUGUACAGGGACGUGAUGUUGGAGACCUGCAGGAACCUGCUGUCCGUGGAUAUGUCUCGUAUACAUGUAAUGAAGAAAUUACAAUUAAAGGCAAACAUCGAUAGAGAAUUAUCCCAAACAGUGAUAACAGAAAGACAUGUAAGGACUGAAAGAAAACAGUUUGACCCCAGGAGCAUCCAGGAAAAUGCAUAUGACAGUGACUCUCAGCAGAGAGAUGAAGAAAGAAAUUACAAAGGAACGUCUGUAAAUGGUAGUGGAAAUCUGCGUGAUGAGAGAGACCAACGUGCCACAAGUGGUGCAGGGACCGAGCCCAGGGGAAACAGACUUGCAUUAAGCUUUCAGAAUGAACUGCAUAUUUUUAAAAGUGAAGAGAAAAUUGAUUUAUUUAAUGAAGCUGACAAGACGGGCAACAGGAGUGCCUCAUUUUCACCACUUCCAGGAACUUCUAGUAGUGUCCAAACCAACAUUUCUGAAAUAGAUGGGAGUGAUUUUUUGCAUCCUUCAGUACUGACACGAGACCUGAAGACAUACAGUGAAAGACUGUACAAAAGUACCCAGAGUGGCAAAGCUCUUCUCCAAGGAUCCUACCUCCACACACACCAGAUCAUCCCUACAAGGGAGAAAUUAGAUAAAUGUGAUGUAUGUGGGAAAGUCUUUUGUUUUCAUUCAAAACUUGCAAGACAUCAGAGAAUUCCUAGUCAUGAGAGGUCUUACAAGUGUAAUUUGUGUGGCAAGGUCUUUAAUCAUAAACAAGCACUUGGGAGUCACAAGAGAAUUCAUACUGGAGAGAAACCUUACAGGUGUAGUGAGUGUGGCAAGGGCUUUACUCACAUCGGAAAUCUGGCCAAGCAUGACAGGAUUCAUUCUGGAGAGAGACCUUACAAAUGCAGUGAGUGUGGCAAGGGCUUUUGUGAGAGAUCACAUCUCAGACAACAUCGAGUAAUCCAUUCAGGAGAAAGACCAUAUAAAUGUGACGUCUGUGGAAAAGGCUUUACUCAAAAUGCAUCACUUGCACUUCAUCAGAGAAUUCAUACUGGAGAGAAACAUUUUAAAUGUAGUGAGUGUGGCAAGGUCUUUGGCUGUAAAGGAAAUCUUGCAGUUCAUCAGAGAACUCAUACUGGAGAGAGACCUUUCAAAUGUACUGAGUGUGGCAAGGUCUUUCCUUAUAAAAAAACCCUUAAAAGCCAUCACAGAAUUCAUACUGGAGAGAAGCCUUAUCAAUGUAGUGAGUGUGGCAAGGAAUUCAGCUGUAAAUCAACCCUCAAAAGUCAUCACGGAAUUCAUAAUGAAGAGAGACCUUAUAAAUGUAAUGAGUGUGGCAGGGCUUUUCAUCGCAAAGGAGGGCUUACAAACCAUCAGAGAAUUCAUACUGGAGAGAAACCUUUCAAAUGUAAUGAGUGUAGCAAGGUUUUUAGUACAAAAACAAACUUGAACACUCAUCAGAGAAUUCAUUCUGGACAGAGACCUUAUAAAUGUAAUGAGUGUGGCAGGGCCUUUCGUCACAAAGUAGUGCUUACAUACCAUCAGAGAAUUCAUACUGGAGAGAAGCCUUACCAAUGUUCUGAGUGUGGCAAGGUCUUCAGGUGUAAAUCAAGCCUCAGAAUUCAUCACAGAAUUCAUACUGAAGAGAGACGUUAUAAAUGUAAUGUGUGUGGCACCGCCUUUCAUUGCAAAGGAGAGCUUGUAAAACAUCAGAGAAUUCAUACUGGAGAGAAUCCUUACAAAUGUAAUUGGUGCAGUAAGGUUUUUAGCACAAAAAGGGAGCUUAACACUCAUCAGAGAACUCAUUCUUGACAGAGACCUUAUCAACAUAAGAAGGGUUUCAAAACCUUACAUCAGGCCUCACAUCUCACAGAACAUCAACUAAUGCAGUCACGAGAAAACUCAUAUCAAUGUGAUGUAUGUGGGAAAGGCUUUGGUCGAUAAUCACACCUUGCAAGGCAUCGGAGAAUUCAUAGUCAGGAGGAACCUUUCAAAACUAAUGAGUAUUGAAAAGCCUUUCCUCACAUCUCAACCCUCACUAUGCCUCAGGGAGUAGAUACACAGGGGAGACCAUAUCAAUAUGAUAUAUGUGGGAAGGUCAUCAUUCAAAUGUGACAAUUUAUAUUCAUAGGAGAUUCAUUGUGGGGAGAAAUGAUGGAUGUGCUAUGAAUGUGGAAAAGCCUCACUUACUGUCAGAUAACCAUAGUGGACAGAAAUCAGAGAAAUGCAAUGAAUUUCUCAGUGUUUUCAGUCAAAAUUCAUACCUGAGUCAACUGACAAUAUUGUAAAUAAACUAUGCUUCAAUUAAAAGAGAUCCUCCAUGAAUUCCUACUAGAGAGGACGGUUGCAAAUAUGUGUGCGGCAAAUCCUUCAUUGUAGUUUGAAGCCUAACUUACAGCCAGAGAAUCCCUAUUGGUGAGGAACGUAAAGUAAGGGUUUUAGCAGGUGUGCACAUCUUAAGCUUCAUUUAACAGCCGUCCUGGAGGGCAGUCAGAUACAUGGAUUUAGUAUGACCAGUCUUAUAGACAGGGGAUUCAUUCAGCAGAGAAGUCAUUCUGGAGAUCACAGAGGCCCUGAAUGGGAAAAAUCCUCAUUUGGGGCUCACCUCUCAGCAGUCACCAGGUAGUCCAUACUGGACAGAACAUUAGAGAUGUUCUGAAUGUAGCAAAGCUUUUGGGUCAUGCCUUAAAACAGGGGGUUCACUAAACACACCAUACUUAAAAAUGCAAUGAAAAUAGCAGUUUCAUAAUUUCCUCACUCAUUACUAUUAUUAGAAUGAUUAUCCUGGAGAGAAACCACACAAAUUCGUGUGGUAAGGAUUUCACCCAAAGAUCACAAGUUGGUCGACAUACUGGCAUGAUACCUUAUACGUGUAAUGAUGUGGCUAAGCCUUUAGCUUGAGUUCCAUUUCUUAGGCAACAGGAGAAUGUCUCUGUUGAAAAACAGCCACGGUAACGUAUGGUAGAAAAUAUAUGCAGUCUCACAGUACACUAGAGUUAAGAAUAUACAAUUUUGAGAGAAACCUCAGUAACCAGUGUGUGUGCUAAGGCUUGUAUCUGAAGAUCAACUAUGCGGAACACAGAGAAUUUCUGUUUGAAAACAAGCUUUCAAACAGAAUGAAUGUUGUAACGUUUUUCAUCAUGUCCCAACCACUUUGGUAUAAUGAGAAAAUCCUUACAGGUCAGAAAGUACACAGGUACACUGAACAUUGAAGCGCUUUUAAGAAACUGCCCUUUGCUUUCACCGAAGAACUCCUAUUUUGGGAAUCCUUAUGAAUACAAUAACUCUUGUGAAUUUUUUGAGCAAUAAUUAAAACAGACCACCUGUCAGAGAAUGCAUACUAGGAAGAAAUCAGUUUUUACUUCUCUGAAAUGCGGCCAACUGCAGAAUCAUUACAAGUCACAACAGGGUAAACCUGAUGACGUGAUGUGUGUAUAAGAGGCAGAAGGACAUGUGGAAAUGACCCAUUGUCUUCCGUGUCUAAACAGUAUUUCAGUUUCCUGGAGAGGACUACAUUACUUUUCAUGCCUCUCAACCUGAAGUUUGAAGUCUGUUGAUUCCUACAUUAUAGGCCUUUGAGUUUUCUCCCUGGGAAGGAAUCAGUAAGAUGAAGGGGCCAACUUCAUCAGGCACGGCAACUCACGUCCAAGUUCCCUGGAAAAACAGGACCUGGAAUUAUCAGAUUCAAUAUUGUGUGGAUUAGCAUCAGGGAGGGUCGGAGACUAAUGUAAAGCUGACUUGACUCAGCAGACGCGUGUUCAGGGUGCCGGCCUGUAGACAGGCCGCAGCGGGCUACAGCGCAGAAAGCUCCCCGCCUGCCGCGCCCGCCCAUGAGCAGAGCAGCAGGGCGUCCAGGGACCGGCUGUUUCACAGGAGGAGCGUGACCGGUUAUGUGGUGGGAACAAGGCUCGGGGAAAGCUGGUCACUUUCUCCAUCGCGUGGGAGUAGGUGGUGUAGGUAUGUAUGUUUAGUGAAAAGUUCCUCUUACCUUUGGAAUUUGAGGGGAGAGCAGUUCCCGCAAGAGGAAAAGUUUAUCAAAAGAGCUUGAGUGGCAGAGCAGUUUAUUUCAGACUGACUAAUGUGCAAAAAUUGAAGUGAGUACACUUAAAUAUCUAGUUGGUUUUAUUGCAUGAUUUGUGAAUUGGGCUGCACCCCACCUUCUAUAUAAAGAGGUGCUCCAAGGAGCUGUACACAAUGGGAAGCCUUUUCAGGCAUAAACUGGGUUGGGUAGAAAGUUAUUAGUAAAGGAAAAGGUUCUCUCAGGCAAGGCUACCUUGUUUAGGGGAAGGACAGAAAUCUUACCUUGUAGGUUACCUCUGGUGUUCAGGACAGUUGACAGUGAUUGGUUUACUGUCACAUUUCUUCGAGGGGUGAAACUAAUUAAGUCUUGCUUUGCUGUCUUGUGGGUGACUCCACCUUGGGACUGUUUUCAUUUGUUUUUUAAACACUCCCUAAAAGCUGCUACUUAGUCCUGAAUAUUCAGCAUAUGAAUAUUUCUUCCAUUCAGUAUAUGAAUAUAUUUCUCCUGGGGUUGUUUUGUCCAGCCAAGUCAGUGUCAUGACUUCCACCUUCAUUUACUUGCAGGGAAAAUAGGAAUAUAGUAAGCAUAUGAAAAAUACUAGAAAUUUAAAAAAUUCUACAAGUUCACUUUUGCUCUUGGGCAACUCAGUACAAUAAUUAGAAAAGAACAAUAUUCCUCAGGUUUCUGUUAAAAAUGAACCUUGUACAGUGGGAACAUGUUUGUUUAAUAGAUAAACUAGGAAUUUUGUAUAUUGUACAAAAAUAUUUUUUGUUGUUGCUGAUUUGCUUUUGUGGCCAUUCACUGGAUUAGGACAGACCUCCAGCCAAAAGUUGCUUUGGUCAUUCACAGUGAUAUUAACAUUCAAGUGUUAUGAGAAUGUUCUAUAAUUCAGAUUUCUCGGGGGAUGGGGGAGAGUUUCAAGUUGUUCCAAAAAUGAUAUGAAGAAACAAGGAAUGGUGUCCAGCUUAGUCUUAAUGUGAUUGCUAGGUGGGGGCUGAGGGGAGCACACCCACUUAGGGUUUGAACUUCCAGUUGGUUGAAGUUGCUCAAAAGAGGAAGCCCUCAGGCUGUUUUGUCACCUUGAUCACACAGGCCAAGUAGGAAGAGGUUGUGGUGAGGUUUCAUACUUGUCAGUGGAGAAACAUCCUAUUGUUCAAUACAGUUGUUUCAAAUUGUUGGGAAAGUUUUCCUUAGAUGCAUCAUGUAAGACUUUUACACUAGGUUGCUAAGAAUUAGUGUCUGGGCAUGUUUUGUAGAUAAUAUAACUAAGCAGUGUACUAGAGGAGCAAUUAUCAAAAGUCUGUUAAAGUUUGAAUUUCAAAUUAUGGGAUCAGACGAUAUGUUACAUGGUUAAUUUUCUAUUGCAAUAAAAUAUGUUUAUAAAAUUUUUCUUAGCAUUUUUUUCUCUUCCUUGUGUUUUUCCUUUAUUUUACAACGGGGAAGUAUAUAAAUCAGUGAGUUAUUUUGGGUGUCUUGUGACAUGAUAAUGCUCACAAGGAAAUGACUUGUAGAAGGAAGGUGCAUUAUAAAUGUG